AUUUAACUUCAUUUUCUUGAUACAAAUAUGAUCUCUCUCUCUCUCCGCCAGCCUCUUCCGGUUCUUUACCAAGAAAAUCAUUAGACAAUUAGAUUUCUCCACUCCAAUUUAAGAGUUUACUAGGAUUGGGGUUUCUUGCUCCUCAAUGAGCCAUGAAAAUGGGAUUGUCACUGCACAAGAGAAGAAGCCUCUUGUUUCUUUUGGGGUGAUAGCAGAUGUCCAGUAUGCUGACAUUCCAGAUGGCCAUUCGUUUCUUGGUGUCCCUCGCUAUUACAGGCACAGCCUGCUCGUGUUGCAAAGAGCAGUUCAGAGUUGGAACGAGAAGAAGGUGAAUUUUGCUAUUAAUUUUGGGGAUACCAUUGAUGGCUUCUGCCCAAAAGAGCAUUCUCUAGCUGCCAUUCAAAGAGUAAUAGAUGAAUUUGGUGCUUUUGAUGGCCCCGUGCAUCACAUGAUUGGCAAUCACUGUCUCUACAAUCUCUCCCGCGAAAAGCUCCUUCCCUUGUUGAACAUUGCUAGCCAAAACAGCCGCGCCUAUUAUGAUUUUUCCCCAAUACCAGAAGUCCGAUUUGUAGUCCUCGAUGGUUAUGACAUCAGCGCUAUUGGUUGGCCACAGGAUCACCCGAACACCAUAAAAGCUGUGAACUUUCUAAAAAAGAGGAAUCCGAAUUCAGACAAGAACAGUCCUAACGGGCUCGUUGGUCUCGAAAGAAGGUUCCUGAUGUUCAAUGGAGCAGUCGGGGAAGAACAGAUGGAAUGGCUAGAUAACGUUCUUGAGGAGGCUACGAAGUUAAACCAGAACGUCGUGGUUUGCUGCCAUCUGCCUUUAGACCCCGGUGCAUCGUCUAUUGAAUCGCUGUUGUGGAAUUAUGACGAUGUGAUGGAAGUGAUACAUAGAUAUAAUUGUGUGAAAGUGUGUCUAGGUGGACACGAUCACAGAGGCGGACACUCAGUCGACUCCCGUGGCGUGCACCAUCGCGUCCUGGAGGCAGCGUUGGAGUGCCCUUCCGGUACUAAUGCUUUUGGAUCUAUUGAUAUUUUCCAUGAUAGAUUAUUGCUCUCUGGUGCAGAUAGAAUGGAGAGUCAGGAGAUGGUUUUCUGUAGUUAGAUUUACCGACGCCUGAUCUUAGCUGUUCUAUAUAUAUAUGUGCAAUCAAGAUGAUUGAAAGCUCAUAAAUGGUUAUAUCGGAUUGAUGAAUCUUGAAUAUAUGUGAAUUUACACAGUUCAUUUUGUUGUGUAUGAUUCUUGAUUGAAGUAAACCAAGAAACUGAUUCUGCUUUUCUGAUGUUGCUGAAUUAUGUUCCUCUUUCAAUAUUAGAUAUUAUUUUGUCUUUUUUCAAA